AGCACCAUGGCGACCGCUGAGCUUGGGCCACGGGCCGCGAUGGCUGUUGCCUGGGCUCCGAGGCAGCCCGGUACCCCGGCGGCCUUGGCUGUGCUCGUGGCGUUGGUGCUCCCGGGGUUCUCGGCGGCCCAGAGCUUCUCGCUGCCUUUCCGGCGGCCGGAGACGUGCGACCACCACCAGUACUUUGAUGUCUCCUCCCUGUCCUGCGCCCAGUGCGGAGCGAACCAGACGCGGGACCCCCUAGGGGUUUCAUGCGUAUGUCUUCCUGGAUUUAGAAUGGUUUCUAAUAAUGGCGGACCUAUUAUUUGUGAAAAGUGCCCAGAGAAUAUGAAAGGAGUUACUGAAGAUGGCUGGAAUUGUAUUUCUUGUCCCACUGGUCUCACUGCAGAAGGAAGAUGCCAGUGCCCCACUGAUCAUAUUUUAGUGGAACGAGAUACUAAUGGAAAGUUGUUUUCUGAAGCAAAUUGUAUUCUUUGUGAUGGAAGUGAAAACUCUUUCACAGCUGCAAAUAUAUUUAGAAAUAGGUGUGUCAGAUGUGAACCAACAUUCAUCCAGACAACAAAGUCCUGUACAUGUUCAGAGCAUGCCAUUUUAACAGGUGGAUUAUGUUUCAGCAACAAAGGGAAUUUUCCUCCACAAGCAGUCACAACUUGGCGUUAUGGACAGCAUGGGUCAUUGCUUAAUUCAGAGUGGUUUUCAAAACAUUUGCAAUCAGCAGCAGCUGCUUGUUGGACAUAUUCUAAUCUUACAUCUUGCCAAGCCCUUGGAAAUAUGUGUGUGAUGAACAUGAAUUCUUGGAGCUCUGCCACCUUUGAUGCUUGUCGUCUGUUUCGGUUUAUCUUUGAAAAUACUGCUGGACUAGGCACUGUUCAUUCUAUACCAUUCUGGAGACAGAAUCUCCCAUGGUUGUUCUAUGGGGACCAGCUAGGAUUAGCACCUCAAGUGCUCAGAACUACCCAGCUUUCUACAAAUUUCAACUUUAAAAGUCAAAGCCAGAAUUUGAAGCUGAAAUUUGUUGCAGCUUCCUAUGAUGUGAGAGGAAAUUUUCUUGAGUGGAGGACUUUGGAAGGAGGUCUUUUACAGCUUUGUCCAGACACAGUGAUCAGACUGAAUGCUGCUUAUAACUUUGGAACAACUUAUCAGCAAAAUUGUGAGAUUCCUAUAUCCAAGAUCUUAACAGACUUUACAAGUCCAGUAUUUUAUGAUGUGUAUCUUGAGUAUACUAAUGAAAAUCAAGAGCAACAUCUUUGGGCUAUACCAAUAUUAAACCUAAAUCUUCAGCACAAUGAAAUCUUUGUGAACCAAGACAGCAGCUCUGCCAAGUGGCUUCUGACUCGCCGCCUGUUCUUGGUAGACACAUUAAGUGGACGGGAGAGUGACUUAGGGAGUCGGCCAAGAGUAAUUCGAAUUGCCAGCAAAUUAACAAUGAGUAUUUCUCUUAUACCCAACACCAAUAGUGGAAACAUUUAUCCCCCUCUAAUUACCGUUGCCUACCAGGAUGUUGAGAUCCAGGAUCCAGAGAGCCAGUCUGUGAUGGUUUCUUUCUCAGUCAGAUAUGAAAUGAACCAAGAAGAAGCACAUACCCAAACUAAUAUUGCAUUGGGUGUGCUGGGGGGGCUGGCAGUUUUAUGGUCUCUUUUAAAGACUGCAGGAUGGAAGAGACGCAUAGGAAGUCCUAUGGUUGACUUGCAGACAGUUAUGAAGUUCUUAAUGUACUAUGCUGAAGAUCUAGCUAAUGUUUUCUUUAUCAUCACUACGGGAACAGGUCUUUACUGGCUAAUUUUUUUCAAAGCACAGAAGGCUGUCUCUGUUUUGUUACCAAUGCUAGGCCAAGAAGAAAGCUUUGUUACUUAUGUGGGGUGUGCUUUUGCCUUAAAGACUCUGCAAUUUUUGCACAAGCUUGUAUCCCAGGUUACUAUAGAUAUCUUUCUUAUCGACUGGGAGAGACCCAAAGGCAAAGUUCUUAAAGCUGUUGAAGGUGAAGGAGGCCUACGAAGUGCUGCUGUUCCUGUGAGCAUUUGGAGGACAUAUUUUGUAGCAAACGAGUGGAAUGAAAUUCAGACUGUGAGAAAAAUUAAUCCCCUCCUGCAAGUGCUUACUGUUCUCUUCUUUUUGGAGGUUGUUGGAUUCAAGAACUUGGCAUUAAUGGAUUCAUCUUCUAGUCUUUCAAGAAGCACAAGUAGCUAUAUAGCGUCUUAUAGCCGCAUUUUACGAUAUGCUGUGUCUACUGCCCUCUGGAUAGUCAUUGGCAUAAUGCAGAUCAUGUUCUUUGCUAUCUUUUAUGAGAGAUUUAUAGAAGAUAAAAUACGACAGUUUGUUGAUUUAUGCUCCAUGAGCAAUAUCUCAGUAUUUCUCUUAUCACACAAAUGUUUUGGAUAUUAUAUCCAUGGUCGAUCCGUUCAUGGACAUGCAGAUACUGACAUGGAAGAAAUGAACAUGAAUCUUAAGAGGGAGGCGGAAAAUUUGUGUAGCCAAAGAGGUUUGCUACCCAACACAGAUGGUCAGACCUUUCAGAUGUCCAUUUCUAAUAAAACAAGACAGCAUUAUGACAGAAUUCAUGAAACACUAACAAGGAAAAAUGGCCCUGCUCGACUAUUAAGUUCAUCAGAAACUACUUUUGAACAGAGUGUUAAAGCUUACCAUGCCAUGAAUAAAUUCCUUGGCUCGUUCAUUGAUCAUGUUCAUAAAGAAAUGGAUUACUUUGUAAAAGAUAAGUUGCUUCUUGAACGAAUUCUUGGAAUGGAAUUCAUAGAACCAGUGGAAAAAAGCAUCUUCUACAAUGAUGAAAAUUAUUCUUUCAGUGAAGUUCUCUAUUAUGGAAAUGAAGCCACUAUUCUCAUCUUUGAUAUACUAUUUUUCUCUGUCGUGGAUCUGGCUUCUCAGAAUUUUGUUCUAGCAGCCUUUCUUACUUACCUACAACAGGAGGUUUUUAGAUUUAUCCGUAAUACAAUAGGAAGGAGGAAUUUGGCAUCUAAAACUUUGGUGGACCAAAGAUUUCUUAUUUAAUUAAUUCAAAGGAUGAAUCAAGACACUGUACUAUCACAAUCAUGGUACGAAAUAGUCGUGAGAUUUGGGUUGGUUUAUCAUUUUUAAAAAUAGUAAUGGUAAUCUUUUUUAUUGUUUUAUCUGCUGAAAGAUUUAUUUUUGUAACAUUUUUAUAAUACGCCUUAUGAGUAUAUAAAAUGGAAGGCUGAGAAGUAUUGCGUCUUCAUUAUGUAUGGUACUUAAAAGUCAAAGGAAAUGUCAAUAACCAUCUAUCACUGAGGCAGAAUUAUAAAUCCUCACUUUACCUUUGUGGUGUGGCAGCUGUUUGACAAUCAUACAACAUGACUUCUCCACCACUACGUGUGCAUAUGCACACAUGACUUAUCUUUGUGGUUCCUCUACUGAUUGAAAGUCAUUCAAAAUGGAUUUGAUUCUCUGAUUACCAACAUCAGAUUUAAGUCAUGUUAUUUAAAGCAUUUGUUUUAUAUGUGUUAUGUUGAAAUAAUUUUUAAAUAUUAGUUGAGAUUUUUAAUUUUGUAAUUAUUGACACAGUUUAUGUCAUCAUAAUUUCUUCUCUUGACUGGCAUGAGACUCAAUGAAUUAACUGUUUUGAGUAGUAAAUAUUUCAUGAAACAGAGUAUUUUGUAAAUUACAUGUGUUGACAUACUGUUUCCAUGAAGAAUAUUUGUUAAUAUGGUCUCAUAUUUUAUGCUUCACACUAUCCUUAAUGUUCAGGCAUUCUCUUUCUGUGUGGUUUUGUUAACCAUUUUGCAUUAUUUUAAGCAGUGUUUCAAAAUUAUGUUUUAAAGUUUGUAAUAGCUCUAAUACAGACAAUUAUCAUGUUAUUUGUACAAAAUGAAAUCAGACCCUUUUACCUUCCGUUUCCCUAUUUACCACAGUUUGCAAAGAAAACGGAGAGAUAAAUAUUACGAUCCUGAAUACAAUUAAUAUAAAUUUGAAGCCAUGUGGUUAUUAUGAAGUGAUAUUCUAUAAUAAUCUUAAUUUUCCUUAAAGAUUACCUUUUUGAUUUAUAUAAUUUAUUUUUGGACAGUAUGUCACAUUUUAGAGUGAUAGUGACCAAUAAGUAAUAUUUUAAUACAUUUCCUGAUUAAAUGUCUUUUGUUGUUGUUGUAAAUACUGUCAUGUAAAUGUUUUUAUUAGACUGUUUUUCUUAAUUGGAAAUGUAUAAUAAAACACUUAGUAUUUGUCA